AUGGCGCAGACACUGAUGGACAUAUUCUACUCCCUUGGGAGCUGCGUGUACUGCUUUCCGAGCACACCGCAGUUGAAGAUCAAUCACAGAAGCUUCCGCAUGUUGAGACUGCUGGGCGAGGGCGGCUUCUCCUAUGUAUACCUCGUCCAAGACACAUCAGACUCGGCACUCUAUGCCCUCAAGAAGAUCCGGUGCCCCUUCGGGCAGGAAUCCGUCUCCCAAGCCCUGAAGGAGGUCGAGGCAUACACCCUCUUCGCACCUCACCCGAACAUCAUCCACAGCAUCGACCAUGCCGUACAAAACGACUCGAGCAGCAAAGUCUCGGGUAUUGGCAAUGACACCACCUCCUCCAAGACCGUCUACAUCCUCCUCCCCUACUACCGCCGCGGCAACCUGCAAGACAUGAUCAACGCCAACCUCGUGAACCACACCCGCUUCGGCGAGCGACGCCUCAUGCAGCUGAUGCUGGGUGUCUGCAAGGCUCUCAAGGCCAUGCACCAGUACCACGUACGCAACAAUCCCUCGAGGGCCGCUGCGCAAGCGAUCCGCGAAGAAGCAGCCGACGCCGCCGCACGGCGCAACGCCCAAACCCGCGCCCAGAAGCGCAACAUGACGGCAGACGCGACGCAUCAACAAGACCUGGCCUCGGAGCAAGAACAACCGCUCAUGCCCGAGGGCGAGAUCACGCGCGCACAGGCGGGCAAAGAACCCGGCGACAUACGUGCUUACGCCCACCGCGACAUCAAGCCCGGCAACAUCAUGAUCUCCGACGACGGCCGCCUACCCAUUCUGAUGGACCUUGGCAGUCUGGCCCCGAGCCCCACGGCCAUCACGUCGCGCUCGCAGGCGAUUGCUGUCCAGGACGUCGCGGCCGAACACUCGACCAUGCCCUACCGAGCCCCGGAACUGUUCGACGUCAAGACCGGCAGCGUCAUCGACACCAAAGUCGACAUCUGGUCUCUCGGCUGCACCAUGUACGCAUGCCUGAUCGGCAAAUCGCCUUUCGAGGCGCGCAGCGACGAGACCGGCGGCAGUCUGAGCAUAUGCGUGCUGAGCGGGGACUGGCGAUGGCCCGGCGAGGGCAGCGCAAACAAGGGCAAGGCUCCUUCACGAUCGAACACGCAGCAGUCCCUGGCGAACGGCAACUCCGAAACCGCCAGCUCAGGGACCAAGCUGUACCCCCAUCCCGCUACGAGGGAGGUCGUGCAACGGUGUCUCCAGGUGGAACCGUCAGAAAGGCCCGACGUCGACGAACUCAUGACGCUAAUCGAUACGUGCCUCAGUGAGCUCCCUGAGGAUGAUGAAGGUGUUGGUCCCUCGGACGGCGACUUAUAA